AUGGGCGUCCAGGGCUUCCAAGAGUUCCUGGAGAAGCGCUGUCCCGGGGCCGUGGUGCCCGUGGACCUUCUCAAACUCGCGCGCACGGUGUCGCGCCAGCAGCAGCAGUUCCAGCGUCGCCAGCUGCCACCUACAGCAGCCCUAGCGCCCGGGGCUCCACGCGUCGCCAGGGGCUCCGCUCCCCUGCAACCGCCGCUCCCACCCGCUGCUUUGGGUGCCUACUCCGGGGGCGCGGGGCCGACUCGGCACCAUCACCCUGCUCACCAUUUCCACCACCUCGGCCAGGGGCAUUCCGGCCUGCACCCGCCGCCGCCACCGCCACCCCCGCCACCCCCCCAGAUUCCCGGGGCCCGGGUGCUGGUAGAUGCGGGCUCGGCGCUGCCGCGGCUUUAUGGCGGCUACCAGACUGAUUGGGUGUGUGGCGGCCAGUGGAACGCCAUGCUGGGCUAUUUGUCAGCGCUAUGCCAGGCUUGUGCCUGUUCCGGGGGCGACGGCCUGGAGCUGGUGGUCAUGUUCCCCGGGGGCCUGGGCAAGGAACGGCUGGCUGAGUGGGGCCGUCGGUGCCAGACUGAGCGGCAGACGGCGCAGCUGAUCGUGGGACACGUGGGCAACAAGGGCACCCCUCCUCCACGGGCCUGGUUCCUGCCACCGGCCUGCCUGAGCCACUGCGUGAGGCUAGCACUCAUCCGCUUCCGGGUCAAGGUCUUUCAGAGCCUCGAAGACCACCAUUUGGAAGUGGUGGCUUUUUUCAGGGAAAAUGGCUUCCAUGGCCUUCUUGCCCAUGACUCCGAGUAUGCUCUCUACAAUAUUCCAUUUUACUACAGUUCCCAUGCUCUGAAGCUGAGCUGGAAUGGGAAGAACCUCACCACCAACCAGUUCCUGAUACAGGAGGUGGCCAAGCAGCUGGGCCUGAAGCGGGUGAAUUUUCCCAUAUUUGCUGCGCUGCUAGGUAACCACAUUCUCCCAGAUGAGGACCUGGCUGCUUUUCACUGGAGCCUCUUGGGACCAGAACAUCCCCUUGCAUCACUUAAGGUCCGAGCUCAUCAGCUGGUUCUUCCUCCUUGUGAUGUGGUGAUCAAGGCUGUUUCUGAGUAUGUUAGUUCCAUCAAAGACCCCUCUAACCUGGAUGUGGUUGGGAAGGAUGUUUUCAAACAGUCUCAGUCCAGGACGGAAGAUAAAAUAGAGCGAUUCAAGAAAGCAGUUGAGUACUAUUCAGUCACAACCAAACUCCCUUCGCUGCCAGUGGGUUCCUCCUCCUUUCUAGAUUUUCAUAAUAAUCGGAUUGCAAAUCCUCCUCAUCCACGAAGUCAAAUGUGCGCUAUUUCUGCUGGGAAGCCAAUGUUUGCUCACCAUGUGCCCCAGAAAAUGAAAUAUCCACCACCAUUCCCACUGGGACCCAACUCCUCCCUUCUCUUCUCCCCUCAUGCUUUGGGGGAGCCCCAUGGUUUUUCUGAGGAUCCCAUGCUGCAAGACAGCCCCUUUGCCAAUUGGGCUGUGUCUUAUGACUCCUCAUCACAGUUUCCCAAUUACCUGACUUCCAAAGCCUCACCUCCUCUGGGACCAGACUCUUCUCACUCUUCUUCCUCUGAUGGUGAUGAGCCAAAUGGAGUCAGUUCUGAUCACUUCACAGAAACGUUUCAGCAGCAGCCUAGGUGGGAGGAUCCAAAUGGUGACAGAAGGUCUUGGGUACAGCCCAUUGUUGCUGGAGUUUCAGAUGCUACCCUCGGUGAUGGUGAACCCCACAUCCCAUCUCUUCUUUCUAUGUCUACAAGGAACCACAUGGAUGUCACCAUUCCGCCCUUACCUCCAGUACCUCCAGAAGUCUUGAGGGUCGCUGAACACAGACACCGAAGAGGUCUUAUGUACCCAUAUAUCUACCAUGUCCUCACUAAGGGUGAGAUUAAGAUCCCUGUUUGUAUUGAGGAUGAGUGUAACAUGGAGCUGCCUCCAGCUGCUCUCCUGUUCCGGUCAGCUCGUCAGUAUGUAUAUGGGGUCCUUUUCAGUCUGGCAGAGACACAGCGGAAAAUGGAACGCCUGGCCAUACAGCGACAGCUACCUGUGGAAGUUCCUUCAGUGAUCCUUAAAGAAUGGUCUGCCUAUAAAGGGAAGUCACCUCAAACACCUGAGCUGGUGCCUGCGCUGACAUUUCGGGAAUGGACUUGCCCAAACCUCAAGAAGCUUUGGUUAGGCAAAGCAGUUGAGGACAAGAACAGAAGGAUGAGGGCCUUCCUGGCCUGUAUGAAGUCAGAUACACCCAGUAUGCUCAAUCCAGCCAAUGUCCCCACCCAUCUGCUGCUCAUGUGCUGUGUACUCCGGUACAUGGUUCAAUGGCCUGGUGGUCGAAUCCUGCAUCGCCAUGAGCUAGACACCUUCCUUGCACAGGCAGUAUCUUCCCAGCUUUAUGAACCAAAUCAACUUCAAGAACUCAAGAUUGAGAAACUGGAUGCUCGAGGGAUCCAGCUUGCUGCCCUCUUCAUGAGUGGGGUUGACACAGCUCUGUUUGCUAAUGAUGCCUGUGGCCAGCCAGUCCCUUGGGAGCACUGCUGCCCCUGGAUUUACUUCGAUGGCAAGCUAUUUCAGAGCAAGCUAAUUAAAGCAGGCCGAGAUCGAGUAUCCCUGAUUGAGCUCUGUGAUGGCCAGGCUGACCUGGCAACCAAAGUGGAAAAGAUGAGACAGAGUAUCCUUGAAGGAGUCAACAUGAACUAUCCACCACCUUCUGCUCUCCUGCCGUCACCUACUUUUGUGGCUCCCAUGGUGCCCUCUCUCUAUCCUGUUCCACUGUAUUCCCGAGCUGUGGGCUCGAUGCCACUUCCCCCUCAAGGAAGGAACCGAGGGUUUGCAGGCCUCCAUCCAAUCCCACCCCAAGGAGGAAAACUGGAGAUUGCUGGGAUGGUUGUGGGGCAGUGGGCUGGCAGCAGAUCCUCCAGGGGCCGAGGCUCCUUUGGCAUGCAAGUGGUUUCUAUUGGUGGGCCAGGAAGAGGGUAUGGAAAAGAACAGACUGGUAGAGGACCCAAAGGACCUAAAAAAGGAAAUAAACAAGGCAUUUCAGAUGGAGUUUCUAAGUCCCUGGAGCCUCAUCAAAGCCACUCUUGCUCACAGGUAAAUGGAAACAGUGGCGCAUUGAUCAAGGAAGAGAAGAGUGAAAAUCAUCUUCCCACUCCAUCACUGUGUGCCUUAUCCAGAGACAGCAGCGUGUGUAAUAAUGUUAACCGCUACUUCCCUGUGAAGAAUGAGGAGAAGAGCCACUUGGCAGAGCAAAAGCUGGAAACUGUAGCACAACAAAAAGAGGAAUAAGCUGCAAAUGGAUUUACCUGAUCAGGAAGAAGGGAAAACAUAUACUUAUCUGAUUUUAGGCCCAAGUUAGAGGAGGACAUAAAUGUUUACCCCAGAUUUAGCCAGGAUUUUCUUGGAAUGUUGUAUUUUAUCCAUCUUUUUCCCUUCCCUGUCUUUUUUGGGGCCUCCAGACCUAGCAGAUUGCUUCUGGGGAAGAUCUGGUCAAAAAGGAAUGGCAACAAGACUGGCUCCUUUGUCACGUUUAAUGUUAAACACCAGUAUUCUGUUUACCUCCCCUGGAAGCCUAGUAAGGUAGCAACUGUAAGAAAUUGGUGUCAUCACAUACGGCCCUAUGUGAAAAGUUCCACCUUUGGUUUUGUGAGUCUUCAUCAUGAUUCCUAUUUAUGAAACCCAUGGGGUAGUAGAGACAGCUGCCUAUGGCUUCCUAACUUGUCUUUUGCUCUAUGUAGUAGUGGGGCCUGUGUCUAUAAUCAGUACCCACCUCCUCACUCUUUCUCCACUCACCAACCCCAGGAGUUUAUACCAUUGCCUCUGGCGUUGGCCUGACAAUCAGAUAGGUAGAUGUUUUCAGAAAAGUGAAAUAGUGUUGGUUAUUUUAUUUCAUUUCUUUGUUUUUAUUUUAUACAGUUAAAAAAAACAAAAACAAAAACAAAAACUACCAAUGGCCUUUGUACUAGGGGAUUCAAGUGAGUCAGAAAAGUACUGGGCAGAUUUUUCCUGCCUCUGAACUAGUGCAUUGUUUGUAAAAUAGAAGAUGCGGUGCAGUUUGCCCACUCCCUGCUGCCCACACCCUGAAAGGGUGAGAAUCAGUGUAAUGAAACUGAGUACGAAAGGGAACUCAAAAGAGUGUGUGUGUGCACGCACGCGUGCCUUUGUGUAUGGGUGUGUGCGUGGAUGUAUAUAUGAAUGCAUGUACCUAUAUGCAUACACAUACCCUUUAUAUAAAGAGACAGAUCUAUUUAUCUAUGCGUAUUUUAUAUAUAAAUAUAUGUAUAUGUGUGUAUAUAUCUAUAUAUCUACAUGUAGAUAUAUAGAUAUAUUCAUGCAUGCAUACAUACAUACGUGGUGAUGUCCCAAAGGAUUUACCGAAUUUACCAGAAACGCUUCCACUGCUAUGGAGUGGUGGGUUUCAAAAGACCACACUUUAAAAUUUUUACUGAGUCAUAGCCCAUCACAAUUAUGAGAACAUGGGCUUUUCUAAAACAGACAAAAAGUACUUUCCAGAGAUGGCCUGUUCAGAACAACAAACGUUUGGCUUGUCACAAGCUUAAUAUUGAACCGAGACCUCACAUCCCAUAUGGUGAGAACAGGAGGUUGGAAUGGGAUUGGGAAGAUUUGGGCAUUUUGUUAUGAAGGAGAAGCCUGGAUCGUAGAGAGAAGGAGUGGGAGGUAAUGACCAGGACUUGCAGCCAAUUUGGAGGGAGUGUCACCUGGAACUCCAGGAUCAAACUGCCCUCAGGCUAGAAUUGAUUGCCCUGAAUACCUGAAGAAGAGAGGACUAGCAUUGGAGAGAAGAGGUAGGGAAGGAAGUGUAAGGAAAUCCACAAUUUGAUUUUACAUGCCUAGAUUGUUUCACUUGUUCACAUUUUGACUAUUGGAUCUUUUCGUUCGCUUUGCAAGGAAGACUUCAGAGGACUCUGGCCUGGACCUUAGGGGGUAUUCUGUAAAAGGUUCCUAGGACUAAGAGACUAUAUUCCUCCUUGACAGAGAUACUCUUGAGAUGACCUUGCAUUUCCAGUUUCCGUCUUCAGGGUCUCAGUCUGAGAGAUGGGAACACAGCUUGCAACAUAUUAGCAUUAUGUCUUCAUUCAAGAAUUGAGGCUUUCAGCCUCACGCACCUCCUUUGGGCUUUGUGAUAUUCUUGCCCAAGCAGUAUCGUUUUUACAGGAAUUCACCUAACUAAAUUUCUAGCAGGGUUCUCUGUCUUUUUUAAAAAAAACCCAUGCACUUUAACCCACUGCAGGUCUCUGGUGAUUUCUUUCCAGACAACCAGAAGGCCAUUUGUUCAUUGCCCACUUACAAAUCAUGUAUCAUGAGAGAUUGAAAACAGUCUCAGACUGUUUAAUCCUAGUCUGGCCCAGUUUAAGAGAACCUUCAAUUUUCAGGGGUGAGGGAGCCCUAGAAUGCCUCUCCCCCGGGCAAGACAUUUCCUACACAAACCAAAGCAGGGUGACAGGAGUGCACACCUAGCCAGAUAUAACCAGGAGCAACGUGUACAAAAACCUCCUCUUUGGAUCGGCUCUCUAGUUUGGCCCCCCCCUGUUCUCUUGGACCUGCCCAACCUUUCACACCAUCUUGGGGGUUAGAACUGCUGUACCCAGCAAGAGAGGGAUUUAGUAGUGAACUUAGAUGGCUUGGAAAUUUCUUUCUGGAGCCACAGAGGGAGGAAUCCUUAGGAGCUCGAAAAGUAAGCCAGUCACUGAGCUGUGUUAAAUCUAUCUAGAUCUCCAUUUUCUUAUAUGGACUACUUGGAGUUGUAUGGAAAAGUAUUUUCUUCAUUUGCUGUUUCUGUGCAUCUUGAAUCUAUUUGCUACAAUCAAGUGACAGUAUUGUUAAGUCUCACAGCAUUAAGAAGAUUUCUUAUUUUGUAGACAUUCACUGUGAGAAGUACAAUUGCUGCUUUGACAGGGAUGAUUCCAGUUUGUCAAAAGGCUUGCUUUUCUCCCUUCCACAAACCUCCACUUUCUCCUAGACUGGCCCAGGGUGAAACAAGUGGUUCGCUUCCAACCUUGAUUUUUAUUUAGAUUCAGCAUUUCGGGUUUGGAGGAUUAUAAAAAAGAACCAUAAAGGGCCAUGUUCAUAUAUUUUAAUUUAUCUGCCAAAAUACACAAUUUAGAAGCUAAAAAGACUGAGGUGUUCAUUACUGGGACAGGAAUAUUUUUUUAACUGGAGGACAAAUUGGUGAAGGCAGAUCUGAGCUUUGCUCUGAGUACCACUUGAAGAGACUGUCAUCCUUCACUUGAGGUUCCAUUUCUGAUGAUGAUGUGGCCUCUCUCAAAGAAAGUCACAUAGGAACCUGAGACAUGACCCUUUUACCUUGUAGGGCCACAAGCAAAAGCCCCCUGAUUGUAUAUAGAUGCUGAUCCCCAAGGAUUUGCAGUUCCUAAUUUCUGCUGGUGUGCCUUGGGAUCAGCUGUGACUCCCACCCUUAUUCAGUGGCCAGUCUGGUCUGGACCAGGUCUGGCAAACUUCCGCUCAGUUGCAUCAUAUCAUUCUGAGCCAGUAAGACUUCGAGUAGACUUUAAAGCCCAAGAAAUGGCACUUGCGUUAUCGAGUGACAUGUAAUUUUUAUCUCUAUCUGGAUUUUCUGGCAUUGUUGGCCAAGUCACGUUAACUUUUUUUGGUCACUGAGAAAAACAGCCAGACAAGGCAUUGGGGAGGAUAGUUAAGGUGGGGAGAAGAGGAAUACUUAGGUAGAGUAGACAGAAUGUGGAAGUCACUGCUUGGUUAUAGUGAUCCAGUCCAUUCGAACCAUAGAAGGCUCCAGGUGGGCAUAUCAGUGCUACCCUUUGAGCCUCUACGACCCUCCCCUCCUUUGAAAUGACAAUACAGGUAGACCACAUUUUAAAGUAGUUAAUGUAAUUCUACUAAGAUUUAAUCAUGAUACUUAUUCACUUCCUGAUGCAUAUUUCCUAAAUAUGCAUGGGGUGUGGGGGUAGGGGGUAAGUUUUCACUGUUCCAUGAUGUCACCCUAUAUUUUUCUCCCUCUUGUGACUUUGGCAUUUUCUUUUGACUUUCUAUUUUCUUUUCCCUUGGCUUAUUGCAGUAGUCUGCUGGUGUAGGUAGAGCUCAGUGUACCUAUUCCCCUGUUACUGAUAAUUAUCUUCAGUAUUGCCAGAGGCGGUUUUGGUGUUCUAAGAAAGUAACUUCAUUUUUCACAAAAUCAUCGUUACCAAGUUAAAAGCAAAAUAAAAUAAUUCCUUGUGCUAGGGCGCCCAUUUCAGGCUUUGACAUUGCCCUUGUACUUUUAUAGAUGCUUUUUGCCCGUGUUGGUAGUAACUAAUGAGUAGUGAAUUUUCAUGUAAGUGACACAAAUCAAAUAUUUCAGAUUUUAUUAAUCUCAUAACCCUGCCAAAUCUGAUGACUUCAAUGAUUUCCCACAAGACAGUUCCCCUCUCAUCUAUUAUUUGAUUCUAUUUUUAGAAUAACAUACUAGGUAAAGAAACUUUAACUGCAAGGAGUUAAUGGGUUUUUUUUUGUGUGAUCCCUGAUAAAUGAUGUUAUUGUCAAAAGUAACAAAUUCUUUCAUUGUUUUUUCCUGUGUUAAUAUCUCCUUUGUGCUCUUGACAGUGUGUUUAGUGGAUGGAUAAUAUGUAUCUCUCUUUCCCACUCCCAGAUUCCAAAUUCCCUGCCUUUUUGGCCCACCUCACAACAAAAGCUCCAUAGUUGUUUAAUGUAAGUUUGAAUGGAUGCUUCUUAGGGGAAACUGCAGCAGUUAAAUGGAAAUGUUUCAGAAAGGAAUGAAAAUGUCUCAGGAGUUGUUCUGUGAUGGAAAUUGGUUUGUCAUUCUGUUAAUGUGAUGGAAAGAAACUUACAGUGCUUAAGAAAAGUUUAUUCUUUUAUUCAGUAAAAAAAUUGUUAAAUAAU